CUUGGUAAGAGAGCCAGGCUGGUGGUGCCUAUGGCCCUGGGACUCUCAUCAGGGUAGCUCGUGCACCCCACUCCCUCCCUGGCACUACCUCGUGCAUGGUGCCACCUUCAGCGCCACAAGACCGACACUGCCUCUAUGGCUUGUCUUUACAACAAGUCUUAACUUGCAACAUUGAGCCAGUGACUGUAACUCUUGUUUAAGUUGAGAAAAAAGAAAGUGUGUUGAGCCGAAAAAGUCAGAAAAAAAUAUUUAGUGACUGAAGAUUUAUAUAUAUAUUCUGAAAAAUUGUGAUAAAUAACGAAUAUAUUGGAACAAGAGAGAUUUUAGUGAAGUGAGAGUAGAAUAUUGUGGAGCCAACACCUGUAGUGACCUUGUGGAGCCAACACCUGUAGUGACCUUGUGGAGCCAACACCUGUAGUGACCUUGUGGAGCCAACACCUGUAGUGACCUUGUGUGGAAUUGUGAGGGUGAUGAACCAACACCUGUAGUGACCUUGUGGAGUCAACACCUGUAGUGACCUUGUGUGGAAUUGUGAGGGUGAUGAACCAACACCUGUAGUGACCUUGUGGAGCCAACACCUGUAGUGACCUUUGUGUUGAGUUAUGAAGUUGAUGAACCAACACCUGUAGUGACGGUAUCCUCCUGACACCCAUGUCAUACACCGGCAUUAUGUAUGAUCUGUAUGAUAGUGGCAAGUCUGGGGGCUACUACAUGACUCACUCCUACCCUCCUGGUACCCCACAAGCCAACGCUGGGGUAGCACCCAUACCCCGCGGUGGGGGUCCCAGGCCUCCUUAUACCUCUGAGAGGAUGCAUGGGGACGGGUACCUGUCAUCUCCAGAACGGUCACCACGACCUUAUGCAACCACUGGCUCCACCUACCUCACCCAGACCCCCAGCUAUGAGGACCCAUAUUAUGGGGGACAGUAUGGGUCUCGUUCUGGUUCGGUUACACCAAUCAUCGACGAGGAAGCCAGGUCUGCCUUCUACAGCAUGCGGGUAGAGCAGAUGGAACGGCAGCUGGCAUCUCUUACAGGACUGGUGCAGAAGGCUCUACAUACAGGUGUGGCCAGCUCCCCACGCCCAGAGAUAAUACCCUUAGCACCACCUCCUGCUGUUGUGGCAGCUGCUGCUGCUGCUGCUGCAGCUGCUGCUGCUCAAGCCUCUACUGAGAGAGAAGCUCCGACUACUAAUAGGAGCUCCAAUGACUUCCUCCAGGUUCCUACAAGCUCUUCCUUCUCCAAAACUUCAGACGACACUUAUCUACGACCAGACACAAAGCCGCCAAAAUUAGGAAGGGGUAGAGAAAAGUCAGUCUCGUUUGAAAAAUCCGUGUCAUUCAGUGACGACCUUCCAGAUUUGAGUACGCCGCCUAAACAACAUGUUCCUGCAGCUGAGAAACAGCCUAUCAAGCCGGCCAUCAAGUGCUCGACUCUUCCACGGAUGUCUUCCCAAGACUCGUUGAGAAAUAUUGCAGAGCCGCUGCAACCAAGCAAGCCCACUCCUUCGUCUAAGCCACUACCGCCACCCAAACCACCAAAUUUGAUGCUCACUCGUCCAUCUCUCUCACUACAGAAUUCGACAGACUUGCGCCUCUCCCCUGAAGUUUAUAACCAACUUAGGGUAUUACAGAAGAAGGCUAAGGAGCUGAGAACGGACGUCAGAAAUCUUAGAAAAACGUCUCAAGCUAAUGCACUUACUAUGAAAGAAAUUCUCCGAGAUACUGUCACUAAGAUAACGACGCUGCUACAGUCCAACGAGGCGUGCUUACUGCAGGGGUCAGCAGAUGCAGAGAGGGUCAGGAUACAGCGGGAGGAGGCCUCAUACAGGCAGGAUAUGACCAAACUGGAUAAGGAUCUCUGUGAUUUGGAGUUGAAGGUUGAAGAGCUGCGCAACAAUGUAAUAAAUAGACGGCUACGUGUUAAUAUGUCAGAUGUAGAAAAUAUGGCACUAAUAUUAUCUAGAUCAAGCAAAACAGUAACUGACCUGAAGGCAAAAUUUCCUAUACUUCAAGAUGGUUUAAAAGGUCUUAUAUCAGCUGAAAUGGAAAGAGCUAUUUGUAAUGAAAAGUUCCUGAAAGAAGAACCUGAUAAAUUAGAGAGUGCAUUGCGGCGUUGUAAGAAGCUCACUGGCACUUUAGUAACUCUUAAGAGAUAUGUAUCUGCCACCAGGUUAGCUUCAGUGCAGGAGCAACGAGUUCCUCCUAAUGCUCCUGGUGGGGGCUCAAUUGUUGGUGUAGCCAAUGGUGAUCCCAGAGCCACUUCUCCUACUCCUGCAGAAGAUAUACGGGCAUCAUCAGCUAAGCAGCCCGGUGUUGUCACGGGCCCUCACCUGGCAUCCUCCGCCGGAGUCGGAGCAGAUGGACAGCCGCGCCUACGUGCAGAGAACGCACUCGACGCUCUGUUAGACGAACUCCAGACCUUUGCUCGGCCGCCAUCAGAAGCUAGUAGUCGCAAGAGUAGUGUGGAUGUGACCCCUGCCACACCCCUGGCCACUGCUGCACCUGCCUCACUCACUGUCACUUCUACCCUCACCACAAGCACUGGUGUAAGGCGAUUGCCAUCUUUUCCCAGCUCAGACUCCCAGUCUUCUCCAGUUAAGACACCAGCAAACAUAUUUCCUGGGGCAUCCAGCACUCUUCCAAGGAUAGCCAAUCAGGCACCGCCUCCACCCCCUCGAGAUGAUCACCGCCUCAGCUUUACAUCAUCCACAUCUUCAGGUUCAUCAAGGUCAUCACCACGUUGUAGUAUUAGUGGAGAACCUCACCGCUUGCCACCUCCGCCACCACCACGUACAUCAUCCAGGUCACCAAUGUUGUCACCAUCAUCACCAAUAAGUCCAGCUCUGAGGUCAGUGUCAAUGCCUCCAGGUGGUAUAGUGGCCACCAUGGUGGGUGGGGUGCUGAGAAAUGCUGAGGGCCGUGAACUUUAUGGUCCUGUUCUGCGCCAACGGCCUCCACUAGGGCGAGGGUCAUUUAGCGAAGAAUCUACAGCAUCAUCUGCCUCCACCAACAGUUCUACCAGUAGUGCCAAGGCUGGCCAACUAUCCUCCAACAGUAGUAGCACUGAGAGUGUCAACUCUCAGGAGGGUGCAGCAAGCUCUCGCCAAGAAAAUACUAGUAGUGUGCCUCCAACACCUCCACCCAAACAGAGGCAAGAGAACCUAGAAGCACGACAUUUAGAGCUGUUGAGGCGGCAGAAGCAGCUGCAAGAACAGUAUCAAAGGUUGCAGUCACUGCAGAGGUCAGGAGGCCGUCCAACACCUUCAAACAUUGAUCUGAAAAAAACAGGAAGUGAAAGCAACCUGACAGCACGACUGGGGCUGUCUUUGGCUCCUGCUGCUCAUGGAUCACUCUCCAACCUCACUUCUCCCAACCCUACACACAUCUCCAAUACAAAUACCCUCCCUAAUCCUAAGACUUCUUCUGCAACCUCCACUGGUGGGGGUGACAAUCACCCCACCACCAAACGCAGCAGUGGAGGCAUUGUUGAGACAGACAUUCUCUGAAGAGAAGCACUGUUGUUGAUAAACCAGAUAAGAUAAUGUUCUUCCCUUUCUCACAGGGUAAGGAAAUGUAUAUAUGUAAAGUUUUUACAUACACAAAAACUGCCAACAGAAAUAAUUAAGGAAGAACCUACCUUGCAACAUACGCUUUUUUUUAGGGCUCAUUUUGCAUCAUUUGACAAUGCAUAAUUUUUGUCAUGUUAGAAAAAUCAAAAACCUUAUACCUACCAGUUUUUUAAAUAAAUGAAGACAUUUCUUUUUUUUUUACUUGGAAGCAUUGAGUCCCCAAAAUGUGAGAUAAAACUAUUGCUCAACACCCAGGACAUGAAAGGCUCUCAGCUGAAAGCUUUAAUUACAUCAACUUUUCAGGCAAAAAUUAUGUACCACAUACCAUUCUGCACAGGAUUUUUGUUUUUUGAAUCUAAGAUAAGCUUUAUGUAUGUAAUCUACUUGUGAUUUUAAAGACAGUAUUAUAAAUUAAUACAGUACAGUGGUUCAAAGAAGCACAUGAUUGUUAUGGAAGACUGUAGAUGUAACCUAGGAUAAAAUCUUAGAGCAAUUGUGACAACUUUUUUGAAAAGUUGUAACUAGGGUUUUCACUGAGAAGUUGUAAGCUGUGUGAGAAUGUUGUUAAGUUGUUUGUAGGUCUGUAUUCUGAGAGAGAGAGAGAGAGACUGCCUUCUGCUUCUAAUUAAUUAUACAUUUCAGUAUCAUGAUGUAUCAUACAGUAUCAUGACAUAUGCUAUAUCAUGCAGUAUCAUGAUGUAUCAUGCAGUGUCAUGCUGUAUUAUACUGUUUCAUACAGUAUCAUGUAUCAUGAUGUGUCAUGCAGUAUCAUGAAGAAUCAUGCAGUAUCAUGAUACUAUAUCAUACAGUAUCAUGAUGUAUCAUACAAUAUCAUGAUGCAUCAUGCACUAUCUUGAUGUAUCAUGCAGUAUCAUACAGUUUCAUACUGUAUCAUACAGUAUCAUAAUGUAUCAUGCAAUAUAAUACAAUAUCAAGCUGUAUCAUAGUGUCAUGAUGUUUCAUGCAGUAUCAUGAUGUAUCAUACUGUGUUAUAUAGUAUCAUGCUGUGCCAUACAGUAUCAUGAUGCAUCAUGCAGUAUUAUUAUAUAUCAUGAUACUGUAUCAUACAGUAUUAUGAUGUAUCACACAAUAUCAUGAUACAGUAUUGCAUGCUAUUCAGUAUGAUAAUGUGUCAGUCAAUAUCAUACUGUAUUGUACAGUGUCAUGAUGUAUCUUGAUGUAUCAUACUGUAUCAUGAUUUUUCAUGCGGUAUAAUAUGGUAUCAUGAUAUGUCAUAUAGUAUCAUGAUGCAUCGUGUAUUAUCAUACAGUAUCAUGAUGUAUUAUACUGUAUGAUCCGAUAUCAUACAGUGUUAUGCUGUAUCAUACCGUAUCAUGAUGUAUCAGUAAGAAAAGGACAUCUUAUCUAAUGAAACUAUGGUGAGUAUUAGUUUUACUGCUAGUGCAUAAACUAUGACUUAUUUGUGUACUAAACAUUAGUAAAUUUUUGGAAAAUACUAUCACACUAUGUGACACAUAGAUCUGCUUAUAUAUUUAAUAAGCAGUGUAUUAUUGUUUGUAUUUCUGUUAGACUGAAAAUAUCUGUUUAUAUAGCAGGCCUAAUAUGCCAACCCUUAAACUGUGUAUAUAUUUAUAGUGCAGUGUAGGGAGCUGAGCACAUUAAAUUUGUAUGCAGAAAUCAUAGCGGGUUCAAACGAAGAUCUGUCAGGUGAGCAUCUUGGCUCUUAUGUGCCAAAUUUAUUUACAGCCAAAAAUAUUCUUGUUCUUAAUACCACAAGAGAAAUGGUUUGUAAUAUUCUGACUCUCAUGACAUGAGGACACAAUUUUGCUGAAAGAGAACACUGGUGGCAUUGUAUAAUAGAAUACCAGAAAGCAGUGACAAUGAUAUCAGUGGUGCUACAUACAUGUGUUUUAUAACACAGUAUAUGAGAGAUAAAUGUAUGCAAAUAAGCAGACUUGUUAGGUUGUUGCUGAGAUGUGCAGUAAUGACGAGUGUAUUUAUUUUGUGUCGACUUGUUUCACAAACUCUCACAAAGUGAAACAUAUGUAAGAUGAUAGUCAACCUAUGUGUAUAGUGUAAAUACUGUACUUCAAUACCUGUGAAAAAAAGUAUUUUAUAUGUAUUAUAAAAUAUAUUUUGGUGCUAUGCUGUAUUGCGACACCCUGCUUCACUAGGCUUCAGCCCCGCAAGUUCCUCACUUUAUAGAAGGGUAAUGUGUUCAUAUUUUGUACUAAUUUUUCAUAUUUCUAUACUGUUUUACAUGCUCUACAAUAUCAUAAGAAACGAGAAUAACUCACUCUUCAGUCUAGGGAUGGCAAGGUCCUUUCACUUUCCUCCCAUGCACAGUUUAAGGGUUAAUACAGGUUACUUAUUUCAAGUUCAGUUAAAAAGUAUCCAAUGUCAAUCAGAGAAUGGUGAGAUAUUGUAUUUUUCCAAGAGAUAUAAUAAUGACUGAUAUUUGAUUAAUCAUUUUCAGUACCAUUGAUUUUAAACCAUUUUUAAAUAUCAAGAUCAACAUA